AUGGCCGCUCCCGCCCAAUCCACCUCGGAACGAGGGUACGAAUCGAGACCGACAUGGCAACAGCUUUUUAACGACGGCAUGCAAUGCUACUAUUGGCUCCGCAGCGACCAAUCCUCGAAGGGGAAUUGCCUGACUACCAAGAGCAAAAGCUGUUUAGUUGCGACAGUUUGUUUCGAUGACGAUGGAUACUACAGGGUAUUCCACUGUACGAUCCCUCGAGGCCAGUUCGAAAACUAUAUGUGGAGUGGUGCCUUAAAAACACCACAGUGGUGGGCCGCGGCAAGUACCCCUAUCCAACCUGAAACCCUUCCAAACCCACUGUUCCAUGCGGAGGAUGGCGCCCUUUUUUUAUGCGAGUCAACUAUGGGCACCUUAGUCCCAGGUCCGGGUUGCGAAGGGGUUCGCAUGCUUGUGUGUGGAUUAAAAGGGGGCACGUCUAAGCCCGGGAAAACCAAACUCUGCGCAGCCGGGAGCCCGAAAAGGCCAGACUCCAAAACGGUCGCGGAGCGGCUGAACGUAAGGUUCCUUGGUACUGGCAGCCCCAGUGAUCUAGACGCGGCAGACGCGCUUCUACACCAACAGCAACUGCAACAGCAACAGCAACAAAGACCAUCGAGCAAUUCUAGCAAUGAAUCCGGCUACUCCGGGGGCAGCAUCCUGGACAGUGCCUACAUUGAUCCAUCAAACGGGGACAUCGUCGCCAGCGAUGGGACUCGCGGCUCGACCCCAGGACGCCCACAUCAGGACCAGGGGUCACGGUCUCGCAGGAGCGGAGCUCCCUCGUCAAAUUCGAUGUCUCUGCUCACUCAAGGCAUGUCAACGCUCAGCAUGGGCCGCGGCGGCAAUGCCAGACAUUCCAGAGGCCCGCAGAAUGGUGGAACAGCUGCCCAAUCUGGAGGUUUUCAAGUUUCCCCCCCUCGAGGUACCGGUCCUCAGUCAGCCAACCGCUCCACGCUACGGCAGUCUUCAGGUUCGGCUCAGACCACGUCUCGACAGUCUUCCACCGUUCGGCUCACGACCAGGCCGUCGUCCUCUGGGCAGUCGACAGCGAGAGACCCUCGGAGGUCAGCUGGCCGAGAGGAAAGACGUGGAUGA